ACUCUCUAUAUCUAUGUCCUACCCAGCCAACCAAUUUUUAACAGCCAAACCCGAUGUUAUGGCGAAGAAUCAGAUUGGGUGAGCUUUGGACGGCACAGUAAUCACCUUAUAUCGCGAUGGUUGAGCCUAGACCGGCCUAUUGGUGAUGGGCGUUCUUCAUGGCGCAAAACAUAACCUUCUGGCUAUAGGGAUAAGUUGAAACUAUUGGGUGGCGUCGUGCGUGCAGCUGCCAUCUCUAAGAGCUAAGCCUAGCCGCGUUCACUCGACUGCAACCCACCUCUAUUUCCAUUCAUUCUUUAGAUUUAGUAGUGCUCAGAUCUGGAUAUUGUCAGAUACUUUGAAUUUCAUAUGAUAGGCAAACGUUAGGAAAAAGGAAAGGUCACAUCUCCUAUGGCGUUUCUCUCAGCUCGGUGCUCGAUAUCUUUUCUGCCCUUACCUCAGCCUUCCACGCCUUAAUUAUGCCCUCAACUGUGCUUUCUACUCGAGAAUACCUUGACCACGUUUUGGCGUUUCACUGCCCUAUUCGUGCUAGAAAUCAGUAGUCUAUAUCGAUCAAGAAACCGAGGAUUUCGGGUUGUGCUCGAUCCAAAGCCGAUUUGAGCCGGGCCAGGUCAACAUCAAGCAUUAUCUACUUCUUUUCCGUCAGCUAUGCGUCUCUCGUACGCUGUGUUGGCUACGUUAGCAUCCCUUGCUGCUGCGCAGACCCGAUCGUCGAAGCGCGGCUUGGUCUUUGUCCCGAACCCGAACAGCCCACAAGAUAACAAGAUAUGGGUUCAGUCGGGGUCGGAUCUGACUUGGUACUACAACUAUGAGUCGAUACCGUCGCCUGCCUUCGAUGACAUACCGCAGGACAAAUUCGAGUUCGUCCCUAUGCUGUGGGGCGCUAUCAAUGAUACGUCGUUCCUCGAUUCAGUGCGAGGUCAGAUCGAAUCUGGCCGCAAAAUCACGCAUGUGCUAGGGUUCAACGAACCGGAUAGUCAGUAUGACGGCGGUAGCAAUAUCCAACCUUCAGCAGCGGCGGAUAUGUGGGUAAAGAACAUCGCUCCCCUCGCGGACAAUGGAGUCAAGCUAGGAUUGCCGGCCUGCACGGGCGGGUGGGGAGGGAUACCGUGGUUGCAGCAAUUUCUCGGGAAUUGCUCCGAUUUGAUCAGCACCGACGACGAGAAGAAGAAUUGCACGUACGAUUUCGUUGCGAUCCAUUGGUAUGGGAAUUUCGAGGGAUUGGCGAGUCAUAUGGGCUCUUACGCCGCCGCAUUCCCGAACGUCAGCCAGUGGAUUACUGAGUACAAUCUCAACGAUCAGGACCUCGCGGCAACCCAAGCUUUCUAUAAUACGUCUUCCGAGUAUUUUGACCGCAUGGACUCCGUCGAACGUUAUAGCUUGUUCGGUUCUUUCCGGUCUGGAGAUAGUAAUGUCGGCCCUAAUGCUGUUAUGUUGAAUAAUGACGGGGAGCUCACGGAUAUUGGCUCGUGGUACUUGGGCGUCACUGCUACGGGUGUCGACCCUCAAUCAGGAUCGAGGAGAGGAUGCGCGUCCAUAGUAAGCGCAAUUGUAUUUUCGAUAGUUUUGGGAGUGUUCCUCACGUUUUAGGCGAGAUAUUUAAUGCAGGAAUAAGAUGACGGACCUCUCAUUAUAGGUAUUGGAAUUUCUUCAUAUGCCAUAACAUAAACUUACCUCCGAGUUGAAAGGCACU